AUGUAUGUAGAAUUUGCAGCAUCCGGCGAUGCAGAUCGCAUGUGUGCCGCUCUCAAAGAGUUAAGAGAUGCGCUGUUCCACAGUUCAGAGCACGACGCAAUGAUGCGGAUUGCCAAGCAGGCAGCACUGUCAGCUAAAGCCAAAAUUGCUGAGCAAGUUGCUCAGAAGCAUGCAAAUUCACGUGGUGGAUCCUUGUAUUCCACGACGCGCCACUUGUUGUCGCGAAGUGGGAACUCAGGAGGAGUGCAUGGUAGAAACGGCACCGAUAGCAACUCGGAUCAUAUUGGAGCUGACACCCCAACGGGCGUCUCUGUUUAG